UGAAACAUAACAGAGAACUUUGCUAUAAGCCAUACAAUUGCCUCAAUGGAUGGAGGAGCUUCUGUAGAAUUCUAUGAUAGUGACAUAACCAAUAAUUAUGCAUUUAAUAUACCUUUCACAGAUUUCCCCCUAGCUGAAAAGAAGAGUAUCAUUAACCACUGCCGAAUUAGCAACAACACAGUUCUAUCCAAAGAGUAUAUCCAGGAAGUACUGAUGGUUGAGAGUGACUUUAAUCCAAACUAUGCUGCAAAUAUUAGGUCAAAUGAUGGAUAUUUCAUAGCUGAUGAAAUUUUCGAUGCAGUAAUUGUAACACAAAUGGGGGAGAUAGAAAUUGGAAACGGAACCAUAAUCUCAGAUCAAGCAAUGGUAAUUAGAGCGGUUGACUCAAACAUAAUUAUGAAUGGAGUUCAGAUCCUUAAUAUUAAUACUAACAAAAAUGUCAUUGUCUCUGUUCAAGGUAAAAUCUCAAUUACUGAUGUAACGAUUGAAAAUUUAACUAUGGCAGGAAAUUUCGAUAUUCUGAAUGCUCUUGACUCUGUUGUAAAUAUCAAUAAAGUGAGCUACAAAAACUCAAAGGCCCAAUUCAUGACAAGUUCAUUCUGUGAACUCAGUAUUGAUGAUUUUACUUCUGAGGAAGUCAGCAAUAUUAUAUAUCUAUUCAGAAUAAUCUCAAGUAAAGGAAUUAUCAUGAAGAACAGUACUUUCAGAUCGAUAUCUCCAAGCAGUACUUUGUUUGAUAUUUACUAUUCAGACAUUGAACUGGUCGAAAAUGUUAGCAUAUCAGAGGUAACAAAUUAUGUGAUGGAAAUCUCCCUAACGGACGCAAAGUUGCUUAAGAACAUUACUGUGCAUAACUGCUCUAACUCAGUCUUGAUUAAAGACUCCACAAUUUCUAAUUGGACUGGUUCGAAGUUCCAGAAUUGAGGAAAUGAGAAUGUUGAACAAGGAGGCGCAAUGAACAUUCUUCGCAGUAAUAUGAUACUUAGUGACUCUGAAUUUGUUAAAAAUACUGCCAAAAGUGGAGCUGCGAUUGCAAUUGAUUGUGAAAUCAAUUCAAAAUGAGAGAAUAUUCUCAAAAAUAUUGUUUUUAGCUCUAAUAUUGCUAAAAUCCAGGGUGCAGGGAUUUAUUACAAUAUGCAUAGACCAAUAAUGAGUGAAAUAGUAUUUACAAAUAAUAGUGCUCCAUAUGGUAGCAAUAUCGCUAGCUUUCCCUACAAUAUUAUCUUCUCAAAAAUCCAACAUAACAAAGUGACAAUAGACUCUGCUGGGAGUGGAAUUAUAUUUGAUGAAAGCUAUGAAGUUAAGAUAAUAGACUAUGAUAAUCAAACAAUGAAUUUGAUCAAUACAAGAUCUGUAAAACUGCAGGCAGAGAGUUCAGAUUCAAGUAUCAGUGUUGGAGGAAUUGAUAACUCAAGGAUCACUAAUGGAAUUGCAGAGUUAUCAAAUUUCACUUUUAUUGCUGCUCCAGGAUCUCAAGGAAUCACAUAUAAUAUUGUUACCAGCCAUAUCGACUAUAGCAAAAUUGACCUCCUCAGUAAAGCAAAAUUCAAUCCUUUGAAAGCAACAGACAAGAGUGGAUUUUUCGUUGCUUUUAGGUACUGAAAACCUGGAGAGUACCAAACUUCAGAUGGAAAGUGAAAUGAAUGAAGCAUUAAAACCUACUCUCUUGAAUGGAACUCCACAUCUUGUGAUGCUUGAAUGGCGAAUGCAGAGUGCCAAGGCAAAGAUCAUGUUGAAGUGAGUCCUGGAUACUGGAGGAAAAACCUCACUUCUACUCAUGUUGCUCAUUGUCUUAGAGAGAAAUCAUGUCUUGGUGGUUUUAACCCAAGUAGAGAGAAUCCCGUUGACUGUGAAAAAGGGUAUGAAGGCUUUUUAUGCGCCAAAUGUUCAGUCUCAGAAAAUGAAAAAUAUCAUCCAUCUACUAAUUUUGAAUGCUCAAAAUGUCCUUCUCCAAUCUUAAAUGCCUUUGAAUUCAUUGGAUUUCAGAUCAUUGCUCUUGGGUUCAUAUACUUCAUUAUUAUCAUUAAUAUUAGGAAGAAAGGUGAAAACCAAUUAUCAAUAUUACUGAGAAUCUUUACAAAUUACACGCAACUUAUCGCUGCUAUUCUAUCAUUCAAUAUCAAGUUUCCAAACAUCUUUGAGGAUGUCUCUUCACAAUCUGACAGGGUGAGUUCACCAGAGAGGACUUUCUUCUCAUUUGAUUGUUUCAUUGAUAACAAUGAGGUCAGGAUGUUUGCUCCCUCAAAUGAACUGUUCAAGCUUGUCUUGUACUUAUUUCUGCCUAUUUUCUUGCUGAUAGUGCUGAGCAGUGGAAUUCUUCUCUACAGAUUGGUCAUGCAUUUUGUCAAGCCUGAAAUGACUCAUGAUUUGAAGAGAUAUAUUGCAAUAUCUUUCAUCUGCAUUAUAUUCAUCUUCCAUCCAACAAUGACAUUCCAAUCCUUGAGAGUAUUCCAGUGAGCUAUCGUUGACAAAGAAGACUCCAGAAUGAUGAUGCACAUGGACUACAAGUGUUUUUCAGGAGAUCAUCUCAAAUGGAUAUUCCUUGUUGGAUUCCCCAUCUUAGUCAUAUGGGUGAUUGGAAUGCCAGUCAUAGCCUUCAUUAUUCUGUACAAGAAGAGAAGCACCUUAGACAGUCCCCAAAAACAGAAAUAUCUGCUUCUCUUAUACCAAGGGCUGAAAAAUGAUGCCUUCUAUUGGGAGCUUGUCAAUACUUUCAGGAAGUUUCUUGUCCUGUCUUUCAACAUAUUUUUGAGCACAUAUGACCCGUAUUAUAGAAUCCUUGGAGCAAUCAUUUCGCUUGUAAUCUUGAUGAGAAUCCAGGAAAGGCUGAAGCCUUAUAAAAAGGAUUCGAAUAAUAGAAUUGAGGUCAUUGGAGUUGCAGCAGGAAUCCUCACCCUAUAUUGAACCAUUGUAUUUGUGACUCCUGAGAGAAGGAUCAAUUCAGUUUAUUACGGCAGUUUCUUGUUAUUGUUCCUGGUGAAUGCAUUUUUCUUAGUGAAUUGGUUUUAUUAUGUCUUAUGCUACUUGGACUAUAAGCACCCAUCCUUUGUGACUUUUAUGAAGAUUUAUAGCUUUGUUUUAUGAAAGAGAGGAAGCCAAUUUAACCAAGAAAUAACAGAAAAAAGGCUCAUUACUCACAAUUCGAGAAAGAAGGUGAUAAGAAAUAGGAAAAAGAAAAGAGUUACAAUAAAGAAAAAUAUAAAGAAACUAGAUGUCAAGAAAAAGAAUCUCCUCAAAAACAGGAAAUCAUUCUAUAAGCAUAAUUCAGGGGCAAAUGAAACAAUGUCUAAAAUGAACCCAACAAGCAUGUCGAGAGUCGAAAAUACCUCAGAAGUGGUGAUUAACCCAUCCUAGAUAAAUCAUGCUACAACCAUAUUUCAACACUGAAUUUUCCAGAGAGAAAGCUCAAUAUUGGUGGGAUUAUUACUCGGAGUUUUCUAAUUGUGGAUAAAUCAAGAAUAGUGGUAUUUAUUUUCAUUUACUCAUAAUUCUAAAGCUAUGUUAAAUGAAAGAUUCAUGGAUAAAUUAUCAACCAUUUAUGAUCGCUUUUCUUUGACGCAAUUUUUCUAAUUUUUAUAAAAUA